AUGAGUGAAGAUUUGAAGCGGAAAAGUAAAGGCGGGGCAGAAAAGCAACGUGAAAAGAAACAAAGGCUUCUUCUUCAAGGGGGAGAAAAGUGUAAAAAGAUAACCGAACUUUUUAGACUAAGUACCCCCACCCAGUUUGGUGGUGAUACUCUGGUUGAUGAUUUAGGUUCUCAAAUUUCUGACGGCGAUCAAGCCGGUCCUGCCGUCUCAGCCUCCGUGAGCUGCACUGUGCUAACUCCAUCCCAGAAAUCUGUAUCCUCUGACUCCCGGCCUCAGAAUCAGUGUUCGGAAAUUUUCAUGCGUCCACAAUCCCAGUGCCUUAAAUCAUUUUUCAAGAGUCAUCCGGUUCAACCAAAAGAGGAUGGGGAAAAUUUACCAUUUUCAAAUGUUCGUCGAGUGUUUUAUAGAAGCCAAGACGAUAUCAAUAGGGUUUGGCUUUCUUACUGUCACAGUUCGAAGGCCAUGUUUUGCACAGUGUGUCUGGCCUACAGCAAAGCUAGUGAAUCCAAUGCAUUUACUGAUGGCAUGAAUGAUUGGAAGCAUGUUCACCAACGAAUCAAAAAACACGAAUCGAGUAAACACCAUUGCAGGAGUGUAGAGGCACACAUUAUGUCGAGCAAUGAAAAGGACGUAUAUAACUUGCUUUUUUCAAAUCAAAAAAAUGUGAGAGCUGCUCAAGUUAAAGAAAAACGGCAAGUUCUAGAACGUGUGAUAGAAAUUGUUAAACUUAUUGGAAAGCGAGGACUUAGUUACAGAUCUAUCAAUGACGCAGCCUACUGUCUGGACAAUGUCAAUAUUGACCACGGGAAUUUUUUUAAAAAUUUAAUCCUUCUGUCUAAAUUUGACCCGCUUAUGAAAAAUCAUCUUGACAUCGUGACGGAGAAAAGUAAGCAACGACAUGUCACGUGCGCAGCAUCAGGAACGAAGGGACGAGGAGGGUUAGUAACAUUUAUUUCAAGCACUACUGUCAAUUAUGUAAUUGAAUCUGUUCGCCGUAUGAUUAAGGCAUCGAUUGCAGAUGAGAUUCAAUCGGCAAGAAUGUUCUCCGUGCAACUGGACACAACGCAAGAUGUUAGCGUAAAGGAUCAAUGCUCGAUUGUAAUCCGAUAUGUUAAAGACCAUAUUUACGAGCGGCUGGUAUCCGUCAGCAAUUGUACUAAUUCGACAGGCAAGGGUAUGCUUGAGCUGUUCCGGGAUAAAAUUGUCAAAAUGGGCAUAAACAUUAAAAACUGUGUGGGAAACUCUACAGACGGGGCGGCAAACAUGCAGGGCCAAUAUUCCGGUUUCACAAAAUGGCUCAGUGAGGCAUCCCCAAAUCAAGUGCAUGUGUGGUGUUACGCUCAUGCAUUGAAUCUUGUUCUUGUUGAUACCACACAAACCACCAAAGCUGCUAUCAGUAUAUUUCAGCUUAUAAACAAAUGUGCUGUUUUCUUGCGCGAAUCAUAUAUACGAAUGGACAUAUGGGCGUCAAAACAAUCAAACAAUAAAAGACUAAAUGUAAUUGGCGAGACACGCUGGUGGGCAAAGGACCAUGCAUUAAAAAAAAUAUUUGGAAGCUUCAACAACCCAUCGACGUCCUUGUAUAUUGAGCUAAUUGAAACUUUACAAGAGUUAGCCUCCUCUGAAGACUUUAACCCAACUGAUCGCGACACCGCCCAAACCCUAUUAGAUAAGUGCAUCUCAUUUGAAACAAUUCUUACCGUUCAAGUUUUUUUGCGUAUAUUCCAACAAACAGCAUCACUUUCCAAGUACCUGCAGACAAGUGGGAUGGACGUGCUCCAAGCCUACCGAAAUGUUGACUGCACUAUCAAGGCACUGCGAGACGUGUCCAGAGACUUUGAUGGCAUUAAUGCGAGCGCUAAAAAAUUUGUCGAGUGGGCCAACAACUCAUUGGAAGAUCUGAAAAUUGAUGUGACGGUUGAAGCUGCAUUGCCAGAGAAACGAGUUCGCGUCCCAAAACCAAUGAGUGGUGAGCGACGCACUCACAAGGCUGUCGGAGAUAGCGCAAUUGAUUGUUACAGGAUAACGGUACACAACUGCGUUAUGGACAAAGUAGUGAAAACUUUGGAAGAACGCUUUAAAGCUCAAGAAACGUUGUUCGCUGACAUGGCGUGCUUGAAUCCGGAAAAUUUCUACGAUAUCAAGAAAAACGGUAUCCAACCUACUGCCUUAGUACGUCUCAGCAGCAUUCUAACAAAAUUUAAUAAAGAUGCAACAGCUUCAAAUUUACAAUCCGAACUCAUCGACUUUUCGCUCAAGUGGAGCAAAUUUAAGAAGACCGUUCCUGAAUAG